AUGCCGGUUGCUGACAUGUUGGUAGACGCAGUUGCAGGGAACGAAUUGUUGUCUUUCAUGGAUGGCACAGCGGGAUAUCACCAGAUUCCGGUCACGGAGGAAGAUAGACACAGACCGCAUUCCGCUGCCCUGGAGGUUUACAUUGAUGACGUCGUUGUGAAGUCUAAGAAGAGUGGAGAUCACUUCACGGAUCUCAGAAAAGUUUUCGAGCGCAUGCAGCUACACAAGCUCAAGAUGAAUCCCGCCAAGAGCAUUUUUGGAGUUCAGGCAGAAGAUUUCCUGGGAUUCAUUGUCCAUCAAAGAGGCAUUGAGGUACCUGAGGAUACAGCACAACGACUAUUGGGUAGGAUCAACUUUUUGAGACGAUUCAUUUCUAACUCUUCAGGAAAAAUCCAUCUGUUUUCCCCACUGUUGAAGUUGCAAGGACAGAAUGAGUUUGUGUGGGAACCUAAACAUCAAGAGGCUUUCGACAAAAUCAAGGCCUAUCUAGCUAGCCUGCCAGUGCUUGUUCCUCCUAGAGCGGGAUUUCCAUUAAAGUUGUAUGUUUCAGCAGCUGAGGCUUCCAUUGGCAGCCUCCUCGCUCAGGAUGAUGCAAAUGGUGUUGAACAUGCCAUCUUUUACCUCAUCAAAUAUAUGCUAUCGCGACCUAUCUUGAGAGACCGUAUUGGCAAGUGGGUGCUCGCCUUAUCAGAAUUCUCACUACAGUAUGUGCCACAGAAAGCAGUAAAGGGGCAAGCCAUAGCAGACUUUCUGGCACAUCACCCUAUGCUGGAUGUCCCCGCGGUUAGAGAUUUAGAGGCCGCUGCCACAACUUUAGAUCACCCGGAUUUAGCGUGCUUGCCAGAGUACGCCGCGCUUUAUCUAGCCACAGUCUCACUCCAGCCUUGGGUGUUAUAUUUUGACGGGUCAAGAACAGAUACGCUAGCAGGAGCAGGGAUUGUCUUGGAAAACCCGGCCGACGAUCGAUUUUCCUACUCUUUCCAGUUUGAGUUCCAGUGUACCAAUAACCAAGCAGAGUAUGAGGCCCUCAUUAUAGGCCUAGAAGUACUACUGGAAAUGGGAAUCGGCGAUGUACAAAUACUUGGCGAUUCUCUCUUGGUUAUCAAUCAGUUGUGCAAUGAGUUCAGAUGCAAUAGCUUCACGUUGGUUCCUUAUUGGAACAGGGCAUUAGACCUGUUGGACCAGUUUGAUAACAUACAUCUAGAGUACAUUCCUCGCGAGCGAAAUUUUACAGCGAACGAGUUGGUCCAACUGCCAACAGGGGUAACAUUGAGAUAUGGCGUGCGGGAGUGA